UUGAAGUCGAUACUCGAUAAAACGAGCUAUCACUAAAAUGUAUAAAAUAUGUUGACAUUUUCCUCUGGUGUGUAAUAUCAUUUUAAUGCGGAGGUAUAAUGUGUUUAUAAGCUGAGAAGAUUUUCGUAAUUAUUAAAAUAUAAGUGAAAUGUCAAGAUGACCUCAGAAUUUUGUGCAGACGAUGUUCUAGUACAAUUAACAUCACCACCAGCUUUUUCUGAAGCAACGUCUAGCACCAGUACAACACCAACCACAACUAGGGUACAGACUUCUUCAGUAGCGGUAGAACUGGGUCGAAGGCUGCUGCUGGCUGCUCGAGCUGGAGACACAGCUACAGUACUUGAAUUAAUGGCAAAGGGUGCUCCCUUCACAACAGACUGGCUAGGAACCUCCCCGUUACAUUUGGCUGCUGCUAACAAACACGUUGAGACAUGUGCAGUUUUAUUAAGAGCUGGAGUCAGUAGAGAUGCACGGACUAAAGUGGAGAGGACUCCUUUACAUAUGGCAGCUCAUGCUGGCAAUGCAUCAGUUAUUACUCUGCUGAUAAAUCAUGGAGCUAGUGUAGACUGUCGCGACAUGCUGCAGAUGACGCCGCUGCACUGGGCGGCGGCGCGCGGGCACGCGGCGGCGGCGCGCGAGCUGCUGCGCGCCGGCGCCGACCCCACCGCGCGCUGCAAGUUCCGCAAGACGCCGCGCGACCUCGCCGCGCGCAACCGCCACGCGGACCUCGUGCGCCUGCUCGAUCAGGCAUCCGAAGAACCGGUUAAGGAGCCGCAAAAUGAGUUUGCUGUAUUACAAAAAAUAGUUGAAACGAAAACUGCAACGAAAAAGCAGCAAGAAGAAAAAAUGAUCGAAGUGGAAAUCAAGUCUGAGCCUCCGCAGCACGCGAAGGGCGCCGCGGCGGAGGGCGCCGGGGACGAGGGCGCGGUGGGUGCCAGUGGCGCAGCGGGCGGCGGGGGCGCGGCGGGCGGCGGGGGCGCGGGGGGCGCCGGGGGCGAGGGCGCGGCGCAGCUGCUGCGGCGGCACGGCAUCACGCUGCUGCCGGCCGACCCGGGCGGCACCGUGCUCACGGCGCUGCAGAGCGGCCGCACCGUCGUGCUCUCGGACGCGGGCAAGCUGCUGCUGCAGGAGAGCCGGCGCCCGCUCGGCGCCCGCGCGCGCGCCGCCGACCGGCGCCCGCCCUAUCAGCAAGUGAAAUUAGUUCAGUUGAGCGACGUCAAGGUGCCCACAAAGUUAGUGACGGGGAAGAAACCGGUCAAAAUUGUAUUGAACAAGGAACACUUUCAAAAGCUCGUCGCGGUGUCCAAGCCUUCUAAUGGAGCUGCGCCAAGCACAAGCAUACCAACGAUAACGGUGAAAACGGAACACGCAGAUCCGCCGGAGACAGAGACGGACGCGGCCGCGGGCGGCGCGGGCGGCGCGAGCGAGCGGGACGCCUGCGCCUCGUGCGCGCGCCUCCGCGCCGAGCUGCGCGCCGCGCGCGCGCACCUCGCCGCGCUGCGC